UCCAUAUUCACCCUGUAGGUUGUAGUCUAAUUGUAUUGAAUGUGCAGUCGCACCUGUUUGUCAACUUAGGGCGCGGAAACCAAAUGGACCUAUUUCUGAAACAUUACGAAAGUCGACGUAUUAGGAGACAAAAGAAAACAGAGGCAGGGUGAAGUUGCGUUUGUUUUGUUGUACAUAACUAAUAUUUAUAGGGAAUCGUUUUUUUAUUAUUAUUAUUUAAAUGUUAGCUAUAUUUGCAUAGUCGACGAGGAUCAUGUUUAUCUCCCCAGGCGUCCAUUCAAGACAGUGGCUACGCGCGUGUCGUCUACAUCGGACAUCUGAUAGCCUUUAGUAGGCUGGAGAUGAACGAUACCAUCUGAAAAGAUAAUGGGUUAUAGCUCAGGUACGAAAGGCGACCCUUACUGUUAUCAUAGGGCAACCGCUUCACAAAGUCUGAGUUGGGGUUUGAAGUAAUGAUUACGACAGGACAAGCUAAGCUAAGCUAAGCCGUGUAUCAUCUAAGAAGCACGCUACUCAUCGGGCAAGCCAGCUGUAAGAAAAACAAGAGAUCUCCACCCAUUUCAUCAGUGCUCUUGCUCAACAGAAGUGAAAAAGACAUGUGACUGGAUUUAUGUUUGGAUUUAUUCAAACUCUAAACUGAAGCCUUUUCUAUUUAAUUCUUAUUAUUUAUUUUUAUUUAUGUAGUGAAGACGGAACAGGACAGGAACACAUAGAGGCAGUAAAUGUAGUAAAUACAGAAAGACGCAGACAGAAGAAAAUCUGAAUAAUCAGACAGAUAGACAAACAGAACACAGACAGACACUGGUGCACAGACAGAGAGAGUGACAAAGACAGUGCAGACCUGCCAGUGAGUCAGGCACUCAGACAGACAGAGACACAGACAGACACAGUCAGUCCGUCAUAAAAACCUACUAACCUCAGUUAGUCACACAGCUGGAGACGGAUUGGUUCUCACACAUUCACACAUCCACAGAGCAAAACACAUACACUCUAGUGAGCUUACCAUGCAAGGUGACCCCCAAGGCUACCUGGAGAUGGCGGGAGAGGCCGCGGGGGAACUUAAGAAGCCAUACAGCACCUGUGGAGACGACAGCGGCUCCAACAUCAACACUAUGCUGGAACUGUCAGACCUCACCGGACUCCACAGAGACUACCGCCACACACCUAGCGCCAUACUGGCACACAGUGAUGAUGUCAUGACUCAGUCUGAUGACAUCAGGACUCAUGCUGAUGAUGUCAGGACUCCUAGCGAUGACGUCACAGUACAGAGCCGUGACAUCCGAACUAGUACAGACAGAGUAAAAGAGCACAUUGACGCCAGCAGUCGGAUACACCCGGGCAAUUCUGAGUCUCUCAGUGAUGACCUUGACAGGACACGGGAGGACAUCGGCAGGUCACCCACCGACGCACGCCCCUACAUCGAGGUGGGCGUGGCCCGAGUGGAGCAGGCCUCAGAGCCCCUCCAGGCUCGCUGGUCUCACCGAGACGCUCGACCGGAACAGCCCUCGCCCGAUGGACACCCUGCAGCGACCGGCACUGGCCCAGUAGCUCCCCUGUCCUCCCAGCCCCCCGCCGACCACGCGGAAACAGUCUCUGACCCAACGCAAGGCAGCAGCUCUGACCCCUGCUCGGACUCGUUAAACGACAGCACCGGGACAAAUAGCAGCGGCUCUGUGGGUGAACUGACCCCCAGCACGGCCUCUUUGAAGGACAGCAGCUUGAGUGACCGCUCUAAAAACCCCACUGAGAGGUCUGUGGUGCUCUCCGACGGGAAUGCCAACACCGUCUCGUCGGACAGUUACCCAGCCACAGGGGACUCCACUGCUGUCAACGCUGGCGGCGGCGGUGACAGCAAGGUGGUGGUGACCUGGAAGCGUUCCUGCCAGGAGGAGACGCCUGCCAUGGUGACGGGCACUGUGCUGACCAUCCUCUUCUGCGUGACCAUCAUCAUCAUCAUCCCCGCCACACACAGGCUGAUACGGGUGCAUGUGGGUGCGCUGGCGGUGGUGUGUGUGCUGCUGUGCGUGUGUGUGCUGCUGCUGGCCAGCCUGCCCUGGCAGUCAGUGGUGCGCCGCUGCGGGACCCUGCUGGCCCUGUCCGUCUGGGCCGGCCUCUACACAACCGCCAUGGUCUUCACUUUCACCGGAGGGCCCGUCACCGCCUGGGAACAGGUGGCGUUCUUCAUCUUCCUAUCUCUGAGUGUGUACACGGUGCUUCCUCUGCCCGUGUCCUGGGCCCUGGCCGUGGGCAUCGGCACCAGUGUGUCCCACGUCAUCAUUAUCAGUAUUUACGUCCCUGUCGUCACGCCCGAGAUGCCUGACCUGGCGGUGCAGUUGGUGGCCAACGCCGUGCUGUUUGCGUGUGUGAACGGCGUGGGGGUGUACCACAUGUGUCUCACCAAACGGGCCACCAGGAAGUGUAACAAGGAUCGGGAGACGUUCAGCACUACUCGCUCCCAUCUGGCUCUGCAGAAACACAAACAGGAACGUCUGCUGCUGUCCAUUUUGCCCCGCUCCAUCGCCAUGGAGAUAAAGGCGGAGGUGACCAAACGCCUGUCAGAGAACCAGCCCAGACAAGACAGAGGCCAGAACUUCCACAGCCUCUACAUCCGCCAACACAAAGACGUCAGCAUCCUGUACGCUGACAUUGUCGGCUUCACGCGAUUGGCCAGCACUUGCACCCCUGAGGAGCUGGUAGCAGUGCUCAACAAGCUCUUCGGCCGCUUCGACGACAUUGCCAAGGAGAAUGAGUGUCUGCGUAUUAAGAUUCUGGGGGACUGUUACUACUGCGUGUCCGGCCUGCCGUACCCCAAACCCAAUCACGCGCGCCACUGUGUCAAGAUGGGCUUGGACAUGUGCACCGCCAUCAAUAAACUGAGAGAGGCCACUGGCGUGGACAUCAGCAUGCGUGUGGGCGUGCACACUGGCAAUGUCCUCUGUGGCGUGAUUGGUCUGCAGAAGUGGCAGUAUGACGUCUGGUCACAUGACGUGACGCUGGCAAAUCAUAUGGAGUCGGGGGGGUUGCCUGGGAGGGUCCACAUCACAGAGGAGACUCUGAGGCACCUGAACGGGGCGUACCAAGUGGAGGAGGGGAACGGGGAGACUCGAGAUUCCUACCUGCAGAGCAGGAGGACCUUCCUGGUCAUUGACCCCCACAUUGAGGACGACACUGUCAAAAAACCCGAGGCCUCCUACACUCUGACCGUGAGCGGCCGUAAGCAGAGGGCCUCCGUGAGGAUGUCCCAGUACCUGCAGUCCUGGCAGACCAUCAACCCCUUCACCGACCUCAGCCACCCCGACGCCACACACACCUCCAGACACGCGAUGCGCCCUGCUGGUCAAACCAGACAGACAGACCUUCACAGCAGCCGCUCCCCCCAAAUGUUUAGUGACGGCCGAGUCGAGUCUUUGGAUCUACUGGAUGCAGCUGAAACGAAAGCCAAAAAGAUGGAUUGUUUAACUCUGUUAUUCAAUGACCUUAAACUGGAGAGACAGUACCGCCUCAUUAAGCUGAAGGGAAUGCAUGAAUCGGUCAUCUUCCUGGCUGUUAUCUUCAUCACCAUGUUUAUGGUCCAAAUGCUGGUCUCAGAAAAGAACGUGGCCAUGGCAGUCUCUUAUGGAGUCACUUUCCCAGUGCAGCUUUUGGUGUUGGUUCUUCUGCUUGUUUGCAAUGGAACCUUCAAGCGUUGGUACACUAAGAUUCCGGAUAGUAUACGGUGGAUGUACUGUACAGUGGGCGGGAUCUUCUGCGUGGUUCUCAGGCUCCUAUUGGUCAUCUUCUGCCUGCUUGUCACUCUGCUGAUGGCCAUGCUCAACCUUUACUUCGCUCCAGCACAGAACUGCUCCUCAUUUCCACUCACUGCUACAUCUCCGAAUGUGACCACCAUAGCAGACCUCGACCUCUACACUGUACCUUACUACCUGUACUGUUGCCUGAUUGCCAUGUUGAGCGUGGUGGUGUUUGUGAGGGUGUGUUUCUCAGUGAAAUUCCUGCUGUUGUCUCUGGCCCUGGCCGUCUACCUCGCCCUGUUCCUGCACGUGUACGCCGAGCGCUCCGAAUGCUACCUCACACAGCUCUACGCCAGCUACAACCACAGUCCUGGAGUCCUGAAGGAUCCUCAAAUAAUGGCUGGAAUUUGGCUCAUCAUAUUCUAUUUCAUUUGCCUCACCCUGGCAAGACAGGAUGAACUGAGCUACCGUCUAGAGUUCUUGCUAGAGCGGUGCUUCAAGGCGGAGAAGAACAAGAUGGAGACCAUGGAAAACGUCAACAAGCUACUUCUUGAGAAUGUGCUGCCUGCUCACGUCGCUUCUGUCUUCAUGGACAAGAAGACCGUCUGUAACGAUUACUUGUACAGCAAGUCAUGCGAGUGUGUAUGUGUGAUGUUCGCCUCGGUGCCAGAUUUCAAGGCGUUUUACACAGAGAGCAGUGUGAACCACGACGGCCUAGAGUGUUUACGCUUCCUAAACGAGAUCAUCGUGGACUUUGAUGAGCUACUAUCCAAGCCAAAGUUCCACGCCGUGGAGAAGAUAAAGACAGUGGGCAGCACUUACAUGGCGGCUGCUGGUCUCACCAAACCAAGCAAAGGAGAGGAAAGACAGGAAUGUGACAUAUCCUACAACCAGGUCCGCAGCAUGAUUGAGUUCGCCAUGGCCCUCAUGAGAAAGUUGGAGAACAUCAACUCUCACUCCUUCCAGAACUUCAAGCUCAGAAUUGGAAUAAACCAUGGACCGGUGAUUGCAGGGGUGAUCGGAGCACAUAAACCUCAGUAUGAUAUCUGGGGCAACACCGUGAACGUGGCCAGCAGAAUGGACAGCACUGGAGAACUGGACAAGAUACAGAUUACAGAGGAGACCAAGAAGGUGGCGGAGUCGCUGGGCUUCACUGUAACUCUGAGAGGAGUCAUCACUGUGAAGGGAAAGGGAGAGCUGACCACCUAUUUCAUCAACCAUGAGCACUCUUAAUGGUCACUGCAGGGUUAGGGAGGGUCAGUCUCACAACUCUUCCCAGGUGCUCACAGAAGAAGAGGCCCAAAGUGGUUCAUGACUUUCUAUGCAGGGAACACUCUAUACACACACACACACACACACACAUACACAGCCCAUCAUCAAGCACUUUGUUGGGAGAAAGAUGUACAGUUGAUCUAAAGAGCUGGUUAAGCUCAUUCCCAUAUGAACCCAUAUAUGGGCAUACACUACAGACCACAAUGAGCACUGCCAUGUAGAAUCUGGAAAUGUCACGCGCAUGGAAACACACGUAUGAGUUUAUGAAGAUGGUCAAUGAGAACAGCAAACUUCACCUCACACUUCCUGAACCACAGACUCCCCCUUUCAUUCCAAAACACAUCAUGUUAUUAUUGACACUGAUCACAUCUCCCCUCUCUGUCGCUUCUCAGUCAAUUGUCUGCCAUUCAAAAGUCACAGGUCCCAUGGACCACAAUGCAGGUGAUGAUGACUCAUCACGUCACAUCAGAGUCAGCUGUGGCUAAAGACAUGAAGGAGAGUUUACACGGUCUAUACCACAAUCACUACCUAACCAAAGAACUGGGUAUACCAAUGACUCCUUACCACAAAGCUGCCCUAUUAACUCAUGUCUAUUAAUAUGUAGCCUAUGUGUCAAAUGAAUGAUAUGUUUCAGAUCACAUAAUGUCAACCAGGAUUCUAGCUGUUAUCAUUAAUUAUGGAUCAGGUCAACAUCUCAGAGUUUCAACAGAGUUCUUCAUCCUGUUUAAUAAUUAUGUUGUCACACCAUUACAAAAAAAAAACAUUUGUGUCCUCUACUAUUUUUAUUUAUUUUUUUUCAAAAAAGGAGUAUGAAGUCAGUCGAACCCUCAAGCUGCCUUAUGAAUGUAUGUUUCUGGUUAUGGAGACUGCGCUGGUUGCCCGUUUUAAAAAUGCUUGAAUGCACUAUUUUAAUAAUAUAUAUAUUAAUGUAUAGCAUACAUGUUUGUUAAAGUUUUGUCUAUGUCCGUUUGGGCAACAUUUAAAUAUGCAAUAGGAAUUAAAUCUGCACUGUGUAAAAUAAAGUGAAGCCUAGGCUACUUCUGACA